CCCUUUCUCCCAAAAUCCGGUCCCAUCUCAAUUCUCACCCAAUACCAUCCUUUCACAGAUUCUCAAACACAAAUAAUCAUCAACACCAAACUCCUCAAUCUAUAAUAACUCACUCACCAAACCCAUCUUCAUCACUCUCUCAAACUUCACCAUGGCAAAUGGUACCUCAACUUCACCAAAACCCUUCAAACCCUCAAAAUACAAUUCCUUUUUCAACUGCAAAAAAACAAAUCUUUACUCUUUCAUAGCUCUACUUUGUAUCAUUUCAUACUUUUUAGGCUCAUACCAAAACAACACUUCCACAUCAACUAGCAAAAAUAUCCAAAACAAGAAAGUCACACCAAAAUGUCUCCAAAAAAAUCCAACAAACACAAAAACAAAAACAAAAACAACCAACUUAGAUUUCUUCUCACAUCACAACCUAACAAAUCCAACAACCACAUCCACAACAAAAUCCUCUCAAUACCCACCAUGCACCCCCUCUUUAACUGACUACACCCCCUGUGAAGACCACACGCGCUCCUUAAAAUACACGCGCGACAAAAUGAUAUAUCGUGAACGACACUGUCCUAAGAAACAUGAAAUCUUAAAGUGUCGUGUUCCAGCACCAAAUGGUUACAAAAAUCCUUUCCCAUGGCCCACAAGUAGAGACAUGGCUUGGUAUGCAAAUGUACCUUACCGUCAUUUAACGGUGGAAAAAGCUGGUCAAAAUUGGAUCCGUUUUGACGGUGAUAAGUUCCGUUUUCCUGGUGGUGGUACUAUGUUUCCUAAUGGUGCUGAUAAGUAUAUUGAUGAUAUUGGGAAGUUGAUUGAUCUUGAAGAUGGUUCUGUUAGAACUGCUGUUGAUACUGGUUGUGGGGUUGCUAGUUGGGGAGCCUAUCUACUAUCACGUGACAUAUUAACAGUGUCAAUUGCACCAAGGGAUACUCAUGAAGCACAAGUUCAAUUUGCUCUUGAAAGAGGUGUUCCUGCAGUUAUUGGUGUUUUUGCUUCAAAGAGAUUACCUUUCCCUUCAAGAGCCUUUGACAUGGCACAUUGUUCUCGUUGUCUUAUUCCAUGGCCUGAAUAUGAUGGACUUUAUCUAAAUGAAGUUGAUAGAAUUCUACGUCCUGGUGGGUAUUGGAUUCUAUCUGGUCCACCAAUUCACUGGAAGAGAUAUUGGAAAGGAUGGGAAAGAACAAAAGAAGACUUGAAUGAAGAGCAAACCAAAAUUGAGAAUGUAGCUAAAAGCCUUUGUUGGAAUAAAAUAGUGGAGAAAGGUGAUAUUGCAAUUUGGCAGAAACCAAAAAAUCAUUUAGAUUGCAAAUUCACUCAAAAUAGGCCUUUUUGCCAAGAGCAAAAUAAUCCUGACAAAGCAUGGUACACAAACAUGCAAACAUGUUUAAAUCCACUCCCUAAAGUGUCCAACAAAGAAGAAAUUUCAGGUGGGGAAUUAAAUAAUUGGCCUCAAAGACUAAAAUCAACCCCACCAAGGAUUUCAAAGGGGACCAUUAAAGGUGUCACACCCCAAACAUUCUCAAAAGACAAUCAACUAUGGAACAAAAGAGUAUCAUAUUACAAAAAAGUUAACAAUCAACUUGGAAAAGCUGGUAGAUACAGGAACCUAUUAGACAUGAAUGCUUAUUUGGGUGGAUUUGCAGCUUCACUUGUUAAAUAUCCUAUUUGGGUUAUGAAUGUUGUUCCUAUUCAAGCUAAAGUUGAUACACUUGGAGCAAUAUAUGAAAGAGGGUUGAUUGGAAUGUAUCAUAAUUGGUGUGAAGCUAUGUCUACUUAUCCUAGAACUUAUGACCUAAUUCAUGCUGAUUCUGUGUUUAGCCUUUAUAAUGACAGAUGUGAAUUGGAAGACAUAUUGCUAGAGAUGGAUAGGAUUCUUAGACCAGAAGGAAGUGUAAUAAUUAGAGAUGAUGUUGAUAUAUUGGUCAAAGUAAAGAGCAUAAUCAAUGGCUUGGAAUGGGAGAGUCAAAUUGUGGACCAUGAAGAUGGGCCUCUUGAAAGGGAGAAACUUUUAUUUGCUGUGAAGAAAUAUUGGACCUCUCCUGCCUCAAAUGAUAAUACUAUUUAGGACCCUACUUUUUACUCCAUUUGCCUCUAAAAAGUCUUACAUAUUUGAAAGUGUUUUUUCGAACGACAUAAGUUGUUCGGAAAAAUACUUUCAGAUGAUAUAAAAAUUGUGUUUUUUCGGAUGUGUAUGUCUGGUCUGGUGUUGGAGGUCGAGAAAUAUUUUCCUUAUUAGUUAAAUACAUAUUAAAGGUUUACUUUAUUUUAGUUCAUUUA